AUGGCUCCUUAUACAACUCUUGCUGGUCCUCCAGAGCUGAUCAGAGACCGUUUCGUGGUUGCCAAUAAUUUUGAGAAUGAGGCAGCCGCAGCCGCAGCCACGACAACAAUGAGACCCCCAAAUCUCUUCCCAAUUUAUGAGAUUCUGUACCAGCUUCUAGAAGACGGAGACCAACACCGGAGGACGGAGCCCCUUGCGAAAAUGAUCAACAAGGCUGUUGAGAGGUACGAGCAUGACCCAGACUAUCACUUGCUGUACGACCAGGUUAUGGAUCUUUUUGUCGAGCACUUGAAGUCUGAUAUUCAAAUAUUGAAGCGAAAAUGGAAGCAAUCUGACGAUAUUAAUGAUGAUGCCCAAGUAUCCGAUGCUGCAAACUCUUGCCUUUCCAGAAACUCCCAAGACGUCCACAUCAUACGCUCCGUUUUGUUGUGGGAAACCAUUGCGAGGAAGGUUUUCCCGCGAGAAUCGUACCCGGAAUACCAACAUCUUGAGGAGGCUGAUUACAUUAGCAAAAUCCGAGACCGGCUCAGGAAGGAGGUUUUGGUGCCCUUGGACAAGGCCGAGCGUUCUCAAUGCAGCAACCGUUCACGAAAAGCUGGUGCGGAUGAGACCUAUUUGAAGGAGGUGAAAGCAGACAAGUGCAAGAUUGAGGCAGAUGCUUUGCUUCCACAUAAGAUCUUAGCGUUUGUUGAUGACCCCAAUCUCCAGAAGGUGGCUGAGCUUCAGUGGAAGACAAUGGUGGAGGACAUGAAAAGGCAAGGUAAAAAUGGAAAGCAGACACUCAGCAACUGCUUGGCUGUAUAUGACGACAACUCUGAAUUCCAUUCUAGGCACGGGAUCCGGAUGGACGCUUCGGUGGCUUUGACACUUUUGAUGUCUGAACUGAAUGAAGAGCCAUGGAAAGGAAAGGUGAUCAAUUUUAGUGAGUCGCCUCAGCUACACUUUAUACAAGGCAAUAAUCUUAUGAACAAGUGCGAGUUUGUCAGCAACAUGCACAAGGACCAGAACCUUGAUUUUCAGAAGGUGUUUGAUUUGAUUUUGGAAGUGGCUGUGAAUGGGAAUUUGAAGCCAGAGCAGAUGAUCAACAAGGUAUUUGUGCUCACAGAAUACAAACACUUUGAAGAUGUUUCCAACAACAGCUGGAAGACUGAUUAUGAGGCAAUACAGAGCAAGUUUAAGGAGAAAGGGUAUGGGACUGCGGUGCCACACAUAGUGUUUUGGAGGUUCGAAAGUUUGGACCAUGAGUCUAGGCCGGUGAUGCCUUCCACAGAACCAGGGGUGACGCUUUUAAGUGGCUUGUCCAGCAAUUUGAUCAAGUUGUUCUUGGAGAAUGGUGGAGAAAUUGGCCCCGACCAAUUCAUGGAAUCAGCCAUCUCUAGUAAAAAGUUUCAGAAGCUGGUUGUAGUAGACUGA